CUGCUCUGCUCAUGUGCUCUGGGUAGGGGAGAGGACUAGCCAGUUGGGUGGAGCUCAUGUCAAGUUUCUCUGGGGUGUCUCAAACCCUCUUGCCAUUAAGGUCAUAUAAUGUGCAUUGAUGCCGUAGCGUUGUGGGAUUGGAGGAGGUGGAGACCGAGACAACGAUGGAGCUUUGGCGAGAACGACGGAGGGAAAUUGCACUGGACGACAGAGGAGACAUUCGAGGAUGGCCUAUGUAGGGAUCUGGCAAGAGGAGAGAUGGCAAUUUAGCAUGCAAAAACAAGGAUAAGUAGAGAUAGACAUGUUCAAUGGUUAAUAAAUUUCAUUCACAAAGUUGUAUGUCUGCAUGUAGCACUAAUGGAUUGCGAGGUCUUGAGGU